UUUGCCUUUCUCAAUAAUGUCCACCGCUAUUCACUCUCCUUGUCAUUCACCCACCUCGAGUCAAGAUUUCCUCAGCUUUCACUCCUGCCUCACAGACAUGCGCGAUUCAUCAUUUCCUUCGCCCCUGUCGCCCUGCCAUCGACCAUCAGCGACACCACCACGAAAUCAGCCACUCUUGCUGUCGCCUUCGCCUCUACGACGCCGAGUAGACAAUGAAUUCGACUUUGACUCCGCCAUGCAGCUUGAUUUUGAUGACUUUUCUGCUGCGACGGGUGUCAGCACCCCUUUCCGUCGCAAAUCAAGGUUCACAUCGUCGCCUCGUCGACCACAUUUAAGGAGUGAGGAUAAAUUACCGCCUUUCUUCAGGCCACCGGAUUCUCAUGUCGAAGACGAUGAGGAGGGUUCGUUUCUAAGGUCGAAUGCUGGGCACACUUCGCUGCCCUUGCGCACACCUCAACGACUGCCGCUUGAGUCGAUCCCAGUUCCAAACUCCGUAUCAAGUCCCAACUUUUCGCAUGCUCCGAAGCGAAAGAUACAUCGUCUAGCUUCUUCACCGGAUGCAAAGCGAGGGCUUACUCCUUUGCAUAUUCAUCACGCGUCUGAUCAUGGCGAGUUGAAGCGAUUCGCCACACUUGCUCCUCUUCCUGCGCCUCGCUUUCUUCACGAACGUGGCUCAGAAGGCAACAACAUGGGUCAGCAGGUUAAUACCCUUAGGGAGAUGCGACUUUCCGACAAAACUGCGGAUGUUGACUCCGACUCUGGGUCGGAGGAGGAAUUUUCUGUUCUGAAGGUUCGCCGUACGACUAACAGAUCAGUGCGACCAUCAACCGGCGAUGGAAAGGCUACCGUAGUAUCUAGGUCGCCGGGUGGCCAUAAGCAUAAGAGGCCAACGAGAUCAAGGCCGGUGUCCAUGGAACUCUCGAACUUCACUGGUCCGACACAGUCGCCAAAGCCGAAGGGUAGGAUGGCUCACAAGCGAAAUGGAUCAAACACGUCCGUGAGUGAGUCGGGUUCACCAAGUAAAGCAGUAAAGCAGCUGCAAACUAGGCCACAAGCCGACAGACGGUUGGCAAGCUCGGCUACACUCUUCUUCGGUCCGGCAAUUGUGAACCCGAACGAGAAACCAGCUGGACAAGCCCGGAUGGAGCAACACAUACCACCUUCAACACCUGUGAAAACGGAUGACGACUCAUUCAACAGCACUUCGCCUGAUUCAUCAUUUACGAGCGCUUUCCCUAAACCAGCGGACACAUCUAUACAGUUCUCCUUUUCCCUGACCUCUGAUGCCCCUUCUCCCCGAAGCCGGAUUCCAACUAAAUUUAAGAAACCUCGUGAUUCCGGCGUUGCCCUAAGUGAUGAUGAAACAGAAGACGUACUUAGGCCCGUACUGGAGCAACCUAAACUUACGAGGCCUGAUUCUCUCCUCCGUCUGCACGCGCGAGCUUCAACGUUCCCGCAACCGUCGGUGAAUAUCACGACGUCCUCGGAAACAACAUUAGUUGACGAUAGUCUCAUCACCCCUUCGCACGAAAGAAGUCGAGAAUCGAGCAGAGCAGAGACUUCGCUUGAUGUCUCUUUGGUGGAUGAUUUCAUAGUGAAGACGCUUGAGGCGGGGACUAAGGAUGGGGCAGCAGAAAAACGACCGCCAGGCACCCCGCAGAAGAGAAUGAAGACAACGUUUCUGGGCAUUCCGACACAGCGGCCUUGGGCAAGUGCGGCGGUGAACAAGAUGGACCGUACGCCUCUUUUCGGCGAAAGGCUGCCCGGUCCAAACUUUGGAACAGCCUUGGAUAGUGGCGGGAGUGCAGGAGAUCUCUCAAUCCCAAAGAAUAGGCCGAGAAAGAGCUGUCCAGGUGAUUUGAGAUUUCCGAGUGACCAUGAAACUUCUGUCAGUGGUUCGACACGUUUGAGCAGUAACGGUUCAACUGCGAGUGACACUGAAACGAGUCCAACGGAUGCACGCCUUAUCAAUCCAAGGAACAGGACAUAUGGCGAUGUCGGAAUGGGAAGGCCUAGUGCAAGAUUAAACGCUUCCCAAUUUCUUCUAAGGCGUUCGUCAAGUGGUGCCUUUUCAACAGCAAGUGAUGGAAGUGAUGGAACCGGAGUCGGUACCCCUACCAAAGGCGCUGCAAGUAAGAAAGAUAAUGAGCUCCGAGUUCCGAUGCUUCCGUUAAGACAGCUCUGUACGCCGUCUAACAGGUCACUUCACUUGACACUGCCUUCGGCUAAAGCGUCCCCUGCACUUCGUGACACAUCUCAGGCUCGACAUUCUAUUCGCAGCCAGUUCUCGUUGUUCGGCAAGCGCACGAAAGAGAACAGAAGACCAGAAUCAAUGCACAUUGUUGGCUCAUGUUCUGAAAUCUCGGAGAAAAGACCUUCCAAUAGUUCUGCUACUCCUCUUCCUGUGAAAGCUAAACUGCGUGGACAUCAUGGUGACACACGUGGGAGCCACCUAGCCCACUUACCCUCUUUUCAAUCUCGAGAGGCGCUUGGGCGGUUCGAACGCGAGUUUGUGGAGGUGGAUAAGAUUGGUUCAGGAGAAUUUGGCAGUGCGAUCAAGGUUCGCUACAAACACGACAGCCAGGGAGAUCGUGUCUAUGCAGUCAAGAAGUCAAAACGAUAUGAAGGGAAUCGUCAUCGUUCACGACUGAGGGAGGAGGUCCAGGUCCUUCAAUACCUGUCUGCAUGUGCCGGGCCUGAAUUCCAUCCUAAUGUACUCGGCUACGUCGACAGUUGGGAGCAGGACGAUCAGCUGUAUAUCUUGACUGAACUAUGCGAUUUCGGCAAUUUCGCACACUUCCUUAAUGAAUAUGGACACCACUUUGCAAGACUGGAGGAGGCAAGAGUUUGGAAGAUUUUUGCUGAAAUCAGUUCUGGAUUACGGUUUAUGCAUCAGGCCAACGUGGUGCAUUUCGACUUGAAACCUGCGAAUGUCUUCAUCACGGCAGCGGGGCGCUUCAAAAUUGGCGACUUUGGAAUGGCAUCCUUGUGGCCCCGGCCGCCUUCCGAUGGUGGAUCAGUCCCGGAAGGCGGCGAUGUAGGCCGUAAUAUCGGUUUCGAGCGUGAAGGUGACAAAAUGUACCUCGCUGCGGAAGUGUUACAAGGAAGAUAUGGCAAGGAAACCGAUAUAUUCAGCUUUGGAAUGAUGAUGUUGGAAACAGCCACUAAUAUUUGCGUGCCAACACAGGGUGAUUCUUGGCACCGACUACGCGAACAAGAUUUCAGUCAGGUUGAAGGUUUCACUGAGUGCAGUGAUGCUCUGCAGUUCCUAAUUUCUAGCAUGAUGAGCAAAGAUCCGUCAGCACGACCUUCUGCGAACGAUAUCUAUGCACAUCCCGUCGUCUUCCGGGCGCGUGCGCGGAUGGAGGCAUUACACGACGACUUGCGAGAGCAGGGUGAAUCACGACCAGAAAUUUUGUUCAGAGCCUCUCCUCUCGCGAGUGUGGAUGAUUCAUUUUUACCCGAUAUCCUCGGUGAAGACGUUGUAGAUGCGAUGGAAGUCGACUGCAACGCUUAGCUCGAGUGUUCGGCGAUCGUCGCCGCUCCGCAUUGGGUUUCUCUUUCUCUUUCUUGUUUCUCUUUCACUCCCAUCCCGUACAUUGAACUGGAAACUCUGAUUACCAUUUGAAGAGUUUAUAAAUGACAAUAACGUAUAUGCAUUCAACUUCAAACAUCCCGCACUUUCAUGACGAUAUGUUUCUCUUUUUCCUUUCCAACCAACUCCCAUCACGGACCAUCUUUCGUGCACAUAGCAUACAAUGAUCAUCGCCAUUCCACGACUAUACGCCCCUUGUUUUGCUUUGAGAUUGUUUAUCUUGUACUAGAUCCCCUGCACGUUUG